AUGACUCAGCUCGCUUUACUUCAUCUAUGGCUUCUGCUCGUACCAGCACUUGCUGGUAUGACCAAGACCGGCACACUCUGCACCGUCACUCCGUCCGGCACCAAGGAUGACAGCCCUUCCAUCAUGGACGCCUUCAAGCAAUGUGGCCAGAACGGUCAGAUUGAGAUAACGACAGGUGACUACACCAUCGCCAAAGUUAUGGACGUCCUGGACCUUAAGAACUGUGACAUCUCCAUCCGCGGCAAACUGACUUGGAGCGACGACAUCCAGUACUGGGUACGCAACAGCGUCAGUGUGACAUAUUCUCAACGAAGUACAGCAUUCCGUCUUGGCGGUGAGAACUUCACUCUGCAAGGUCACGGUGAAGCACUAUUCUUUGGCAAUGGGCAGAAGUGGUACGACGUGAACCGUGAUGGGAGCAACAUGGCCGGUAGGCCCAUCAGUCUGACACUCUGGCAUGCAAAGAACGUAUGGAUUGAUGGAAUUACUUGGAGGCAGUCCCAGUUCUGGCAUACAUUCGUCGCCUACUCGCAGAACAUCACGAUGACAAACCUUGACAUGAACGCCACUUCAUCCUCCCAGUGGGGUACCGUCAAUACUGAUGGCUUCGAUAGCUGGAACUCCCAAGAUAUUGUUCUCAAAAACUGGGUGGUGACGUGUGGCGAUGACUGCAUAUCGGUUAAAGGCAACAGCAAGAACAUCCAUGUUAAGAAUGCCACCUGCUACGAGUCUGGCGCCAUGGUGAUUGGCUCAAUGGGCAAUCCCACGAACGUUCCCGAGACUGUAGACAACGUACUCUUCGAAGACAUUACUGCCAUUCAUAGUUCCAACGCGGCCUGGAUCAAGACAUACCCUGGCCAAGGCCAUGUGAAGAACGUCACCUUCCGCAACAUCAAGUUUCAGGACGUCAAUCAGCCUAUAUACGUCUCCCCGUGCAUCUACAGCUACCAGAAUUGCGAUUCAAGCCGCUUGAAGAUUAGCGACAUUACCUGGGAAAACAUCACUGGUACCUCGAGAUAUAACGUGGCCGCGGGUAUCUACUGCAGUCGUGGCGCACCUUGCACGGGCUUGAAGCUCAAGAAUAUCGAUAUCAGGCCGAAAAAUGGUGGUACGGCGAAGAUACUUUGUUCCAAUAUGAACAGCGACAGUGGGUUAGCAUGCACUGGUACAUGCCCGGCAGGAUGGAAACAGCAGCUAAGCGGCAAUGCUUAA